GAUACAAGUUCAUGCAAAAUUUUUAGUUGAGUGAGGCCGGUCAUUCAUAUAUGAUUAACAAUAAUCUAAAUGAAGAUGUCGUCAUUGAGAUAUUGUUGCGGUUGCCAUUAAAUUCAUUGAUGCGAUUCAAAUGCGUGCGUAAAUCAUGGUGUGUUGUCAUAGAAAGCCCCCAAUUUGCGGCCAUGCAAUUCUGUAAUAACAGCAGCAAUUGUCUACUCGUCAAUUGUUGGAAACUUAUCGAUGCUGGCAGUGUAGAACCAGAAAGUUUAUCAUGGUCCCUGCUUAAAUAUGAAGAUAGAAUGCAGGCAAUUUCAAAUUGGGAGGACGAUUCAUUUCCUAUGAAACAUUUCGAUCGGCCACAGAUAUGGUCAAGAUCAAGUCAUUGUGAUGGUAUUAUUUGUCUUUACGACGACUCUACUACAAUCAUGGCUAACUUGGGAAUUAGGGAAUUCAUGGUUCUUCCUAAAUCAUGCAUUCCCCUUUCAGGAUCACAUGAAGAAGGUUAUUAUGAGAAAUUUGAGUUUUUCGGAUUUGGCCUUGAUCAUAGAACCAAUGACUAUAAAAUUGUUAGGAUUAAGAAUAAGAUUCCUUUCGACGACCGUAGUCCUAGAGAGUAUCAAGAUGAUUCUCAAGCUGAAGUAUACACCUUAAGUUCUAAUUCUUGGAGACAAAUUGAGUAUUCAGAUUUUCUUACAUUCGUACUUAAUACAUAUUUGUCAACAUAUUGGAAUGGAGCUUAUUAUUGGUCUGCAGUACAGAAACGACCCCCGCCAGAUGAUUUAGUGUUUGGAGUCUAUUCUUUUGACUUCACUAAUGAGGUUUUCUAUUUUAAAAUAAUCCCUGAUUAUGUAAAGCUACCUUCUUUUCUCCAUUAUGGAAUGACUGAGUUUAAUGGAACUCUUGCUCUCAUAUCAUAUCAUUACUAUGACCCAGAGAAAAUUUUGGAUAUUUGGGUGAUGGAUGAACUUGGAGUUAAUGGGGUAAAUCGCUGGGUGAUAAGCUUGCAUCCUACAAUAUUGUUACCAGGCAAAUGAAGACUCAUCUAAUUAAUGAUAAAAAUUGUU